UUGGUUGUCGCCAUAUUGGAGCACAAGUCGAUACCAUUGUGAAUGGUGGGAACAUACCAGUGCUACACUUUUAAAAUGCGUAAAAAAUAAAUUUUCAUUAAAACAUUGAUGUGAGACCAAGAUGGAGGUAUCAGAAAAUGUGAAUGGCAGCACAACAGGGGAAAACAUCAUGAAAGAUCCCUUAGCUGUACAGAAAGACAACUUAAAUCUUAAUGGUUUCACAGACGAUAAACAUGCAGAGAAAUUCAAUGGCAAUUCUGACCUGCAUAAUAAGAACACCUCAAAUGACAUUGACUCUAUGGAGACAUCAGAAAAUGAAACAAAUGAAAAUGACCAUGGGGAUGAAAAUCUAAACAAAGAAACACUAGACACUCAGCAGAAUGAACUGAAGGUAGAAGACUCCAAGAAACCAGAGGAAGAACUGGACAAUUCAACUGCCACAUCAAAUAUUUCUGAUAUAAGUCCUUAUGAAGACAGUGAACAGUCAAUGGAUGUUGAAACAAAAGAAGAAAAUGAAAAUAAAGUGGAUUGUGAUCAUGUUGAUGAAAUACAGGGAAAAGAUGAUAUGCCUGCAUGUUCUGGUAAAGUCGUUGAAACAAAAAAGGAUGAAUUUGAAUCAAGGUUUGAAAAUGCAAACUUGGAUGAAAAUGAAUCUAAAGACACAGAAGCUGAAAAAAUAAACGAAGACCAGACGAAAUUACAAGAUUCUAAAAUUCAUGUAUCUUCCUGUGAUGAAAAAAUGAACGACGUGAAAGAAGACCAUAAAGAUUGUGAGAAGGUAGAUACAGAGCAAGAAAGCACAACUCUAGAUAAAGAUUUUUCUGAAAAUGGAGUUCUAGACGAGGAUGCAAAUAAUUCAGCUAACGAUAUACAUAAGAGAAAGACAGAAAAUUUAUCUGAUGGGCUUAAAGUAAAUGGAGGGGAGAAAUCUAGUCAGGAGGAUAAAAGUCAGUCCAAAUCUAUUGAAAAGGUCACUGAUAUAGAUGGAUCUGAAAUUCUUAUAACAAUUAAUGAAGAAAAUGAGGACAGUGAAGGUGAAAAUGAAAUAAGUUCGAAUGGUUGCAAGAGUAAAGAUGAAAAUAACGAUGAAGGAGAAAAAGAGGAAACUAAAAAAUUAAAGGAAAUUUCUAAUAAAGACAAAAAAGCUUCUAAUGAAAUAGUUGUUGUCAAUGAGAGUCCUGACAAAAAUGAAAAGGUGGUAGCUAAAGUUUCAAAACCUGUGGUUAUGCCACAUCAGGCAACCAUAUUUAAUAGUAAACAAGUUUUACAGCCUCCAAUAGCCCCUGGACCAUCACAAGUUAGAUUUCCCGUUUUACCAGGAUCGUCUAUUCAGUAUUUUGUGCCAUCAAGUAUUCAGUCAAUGCCAAAUUCACAACAAAAGUACAUAAAUGUUGGUGGACAGCAGAUUUUAAUAACUAUACCGACAUCUAGUAUGGGUACAGUUCUGAAUACUUCAAUAAUUGGAACUGCUGGAUCAUCAGUUUUAGGAAUACAAUCUAAACCAAGUGCCGGAAUGGCUAUGGGAUUUCCACUUCCAAAUUAUAACAAAAAUCCUUUGGACAAAACCCUUGAUCUUGAUAUUCCACAAGCUAGCUGGGAACAAUUGGAAUUGAUAAAAUACGAAGUGCUAAGUAGAAAACCGGACAAUGCUUUUUGGGGUGGUUUAGCUAAUGUUAGCAAAAAGGCAGAUUUAAGUUCAGCUUCUAAACUGCUCUUUGAUUUAGGAAGUGACCUUGUAAAAGAAUUAGCUUAUGAGCAAAUCGUUCAGGUUCAAAGGAAAAAAGAUGAGGCAGAUUUGUUGAACGCUAGUGAGAAGGAGAGUCUUCAAAGAAUGAAGAAAGUAGUUGAGGAGUUGAAAAAUAAACUUGAAUACCUACAUGAUAUACCAACACUAAAAUGUAAAUGUGGAUUUACCACUGAAUCUAAGAAUGUUAUGUUUUUGCAUAAACAAUAUCCACAUGUGUCAUAUAAUACAUCUGACAAGUCUGCUGUAUUAAGCUGCCCUCAUUGUAACCAAAGUUUCCAAGGAAAAAUUGCAGAUGACAUGUUCAAAGCUCACAUAGAGAAAGAACAUAACAUUGUUGCAAGAUCUAACCACAAAUCCAACCUCUGGCCUUGUAAUCUAUGUACGUUUGAAGGCGCAAAUAAAAACACUAUAAUGAAACAUAAACUCAAGUGUGAGAAAAACUUUAAAGAGCAUAUAAAUCAAGCACCUCAUCAUGUGGACAUUAAUCUUAGCUUGAAAAAUAUUUUUUACAAAUUUCAAGUUCAUAACAAGAAACUUCAGUUACAACAGCAAGCUCAACAGGCAAGAAAAAUUGCUCAAAUUGAUAGGCCAGACACUAGAGGAAAUAUACCAAUUGUAAAACACAAACCAGCCAUAAUUCAGCCAAAACUAAACCAAGUUCAGGCAAAACCACCUCCUGUUGUUAAUCCCAAUCGACCUAUUAUACCAUCUCAAUUUAAAGGACCUACUACUGCAGCAACUGCAUAUGCAUUGCAAAGUGAUUUCUCUGGUACAAGAUUUGUUACUGCGCCAGUACAGAAACAGCCUCAACCAUUAAAACCAGCAUCUGUAAAUAAACCCACUGUCAACCAGUUACUGCGAACGCAACAAAAUGUAAAUGUAAAUACAAGACCUGGAUUUGAAGUAUGCGAGAUCUGUGGGGGUUACGUUAAAGACAGGAUGUCACUGAGGAUACAUUUCUUUUACGCACAUAAAAUAGAAAUGCCAGCUCAUGUUUUCAGUAAGCCAUUAGCUCCUCUCUUUUGUAAUAUUUGUAAUGAACGUUUUUGGACAUCUCAGGGUUUCACAAAACAUAAAAGCAGUGCUAAGCAUUUAAACACUGUGAAACAAAAUGCAUCUGCCACCAACCAAUGCUGGAUUUGUCAUCAGAAGCCUGAAAAUUUAUAUUCUCAUCUGCAUAAAUUCCAUCGCUUGACAACAGGAGAAUGUAUGGCUUUGAAGCGCUGUAUGUUUUGUGGUACAUUGUCACAAUCUCGUAAAGAAUUAGAACUUCAUAUGGCAGCAACACAUGGUGUUUUGAUAAAGGGAGAAGAUAAUAUAAAAGCGAGUGCUCCAGUUAGUUCUGUAAUCAAGCCUCAACCACAGUCAAAUGCAGCUACAAAGAAUUUAUCCACUGUAGUAACUGGAGGAUCAUCUGGUAUGGUAAGAAAUAACUUUUGUGUCUUCUGUUCUAGCCAGUUUCCAGACAAUACCAAACUGACUUUACAUUGUCUAAGUGUACAUGCUACCUGUAAGAAAUGUGGAAUGGUCGUCAACAAAUCCGCUGAUCUUGCCAGGCAUGUAUGUAAAAUGGCGAGCAAGACCUGCAGUAUUUGUGGUCUUAAGAACUUGAAACCAGCUGGUCUGAUCAAGCAUCUUGAAAGUCAUACCAAACCAUGCAGUGUAGCUCUAAAAAGGUUGAGUCCAUCUCAGAUUAACAUAGCUACUGGUGGAAAGUUCAUGAGACUUGACCCAAGACUGAGAACUAGAAAUGCUAGGUCAACAGCAAAUAUUAUCGAAGGAGAAAUUAAAACUCAGCAAAUAAAGGGUUUGACUGUAGCCAUGAAUUUUGAUAAGCCAAGGAAAGGCAAAGUAAUAAUUGAUUUGUCAGGGAAAACAGACAGUAAAAAGGAAGAAGUUGUUAUAGAAAGUGACAAUGAUUCUGAUGUCAUAAUUGAAGAAGAAGAAAGAACUGAAAUUGUCCUAGAUAGUGAUGAUGAUGAUGCCAAGUCUGAGAAUGACAAAACUGAAAGUAAGAGCAAGAAAAAUGAUUCUGAGACUAAAGAUGAAAGUGGAGAAGAAAGAAAUAUAAAAAAGGAAUGUGAAACUACAAAAGAUGAAAACCACACUAGUGACAAAGAAAAUGACAAAACUGAAAUUGAAGGCAAAAGUCAUAAAGAAAAUGAGGACAAACCUAAUGUAAAAGAGGAAAACGAUAAGGGCACACCUAAGGUAAAAGAGGAAAACGAUAAAGACAAACCUAAUGUAAAAGAGGAAAACAAUAAAGACACACCUAAUGUAAAAGAGGAAAAUGAAAAAGACGAACCUAAUGUAAAAGAGGAAAAUGAUAAAGACAAACCUAAUGUUAAAGAGGAAAACGAUAAAGGCAAAAAUAAUGAAAAAGAUGUAAAAAGACCUAAUGUAAAAGAUGAAGAGAAUGAAGACAGUGAAAAACUUAAUGAAAAAGAUGAAGACAAACCUAAUAAAAACCAUGAAGGUAAUCCAAAUGAAAAAGAUGAAAAUGAUGAAAACAUGGAAGAAAAUGAAAAAGACAUGACUACAGAAAGUAAAAUAGAUGAUGAUUCUGUUGAAAAAAAUAAAGGACAACUAACAGAUAAUGAUGAACAUAGUAAUAUUUUAAUUGAAGAUACUAAUUCUUCGAAAAAUGCUUUAGAAAAUGAAGAAUGUGACUCAGUGCAAUCUGAAAAUUCAACUGGUGAAGAAAACAAUCUUUCAGUCAACUCCAGAAAGCGAUCUCAUUCUGAAUGUGAGGAUAGUGAAGACCCUGAGGAGGACACAAAGAAAAGAAAAACUGAUGAAGAUUCAGAUAAUAGUUGAUGUAAACUGUGUCAUAAUAUUUAAAUAGUAGUCAGUAUGUAUUUGAAUUGUAGCCAUAUUUUUUUAAGAUUAUCAUUAAGUGUUGGACAUGUUUCAGUUUUUAUACGACUGCAAAAAAUAUUGGUUUCACGUCGUCAUCGUCAGCCUCGUCCGAAGACAUUUGGUUUCCGGACAAUAACUUAAGUAAAUGUAAAUAGAAAUCAAUGUAAUUUGAACACAAGGUUUAUUUCCACAAAAGGAAGGUUGGGAUUGAUUUUGGGGGUUAUAGUCCUAACAGUUAAGGAAUUGGGGGCCAAAAUAAGCAUUUUUCUAGUUUCCAGACAAUAACUUGUGGAACGGUGUAUGGAUCUCUCUGAAAUUAUACCACAAGUUUCCAUACCACAAAGUCAAAGGGAUGGUUAGGAUUGGCUUUGGGGGGUUAUGGCUCAAACCGUUUAGGAAUUAGGGGCAAAAAAGGGGGAAAACAAGGGUUUCCUGGUUAAUGGACAAUUAAAAAAAGUACAAUGUUAAGUUUGGAUUACCUCCCUUACACUGCUUUUAAAUUAUGUAUAAAGAAAUGUAUUGUCUUUAGGUGAUUGUCAAACUCCUUUGGAAAUUUGAAUUGAGAUUAUGACCAUAUUUUGAGGGAAAGAAUUUUUUUGGAAAAAGGAGGGGGGAGGUGAAAAAAAAUUGGGGGGGGGGGGGGGGGGGGGGGGUAAAAAAGAAAUUGUGAGGAAGGGACAAUUUUUUCUCAUUUCAGAUAUCAGAAAUUAAAAAGAAAAUUUGCAACAGCAUGGUGAAUUGCACAAAGGCAAAAAAAAGGGGGUAAAAAUUUUUUUUUUUGGGGGGGGGUCAAUUCGCAACAGCAUAUUGUAUUGCACAAAAGCAAAAAAUGAAUAUAAAUUAUAAUUAAAUAUAAGUUCUUAAACUACAGUUAUUCUGUGUCAGAAACCUAUUAUGUGUCAAAUAUUUAAUUACAAUCCAAAUUCAGACCUGUAUCAAGCGCGAAUAUUGUGUCCAUUUUUGUCCCAACUGUUCAGGGUUGGACCUCUGCGGUCGUAUCCAGCUGCGCUGGGUGAAGCAAUUGAUUAUUUUUUUGUUUUUAUUUUUUAAAGAAAUCUAGAAGAAAGUAUAUACCACAUGUAUAUAAAAGAUUUAAUCAUUUAGAUUUGUUUUUGGAUUCAUAUUAAUUUCUUGAAAAGUACCAUUUACAUGUAUGCAAUUACAUAUUAACUGAUUUGUCAAUGAAGUUCAUCUUUGAAAAAAUAUUUUGAAUCCGUUGUAAAUUAUUUGGUAACAAGUUUAUUAUGUUCUAGUAAUUAUUUUUUUCAUAUUUGCAGUUCCAAAAUUUUCCAACCAACUUUGAUUUUUUUUAUUAUACAUGUAGGUUUUUGUCAUUUUAAAGAUAUAUGUGGUAUUAUUAACAUUUUUACCUGUAAACAGUUCUUUUUGUUAACAAAAACAAGAUUUUCCAUUGUGAAUAACUUUUUUGUAGUAAUUGAAAUUCUAAAAAUACUUGAAAUACUUGAAAUGAUUGCUGCAUGGCUUAUGUAGCUUUAUAAUAAUUUCUUCAAAAAUGAUAUAUAAAACAAAUUUCAAUGAUCAUGAUGAUAUCUUGAGAAAUUUUUUAUCACAAAUCUGGUGGCCAAAUAGUGAUAAACUAUAGAGAGAAAAAAAUUUUGCAAAGAAGAAAAUAAAAAAAAAUAUGUCAGAAUCAUGAAUUUUUUAUUAAAUUUUCCCUUGCAGCCAUGACAGAUAUUUUCAUUAGACAGAUAGCUACAUGUAUAAUUCAAAACAAGAUAUACUUUGAUAUAGACAUUUUUAACCACAGUUAUUUAUAUAAAUUUUUAUCGUAGUUAAAUUGUUCAUAAAAAUAGACGUGAAAACUAUGGAUUUAGUGUAAACAUAUUUUAUUAAUUAAAUUCAAGUUAUAUAAUGUACACAAUUUGGCAUUUACAUAUUAAUACAAUUGAAUAAUUAAUAGGAUCCGGAAACAAGCUGUUAACUUAUAUUAAUCCGUUUCCUAUGGAUUUACGUAGUUGUUACUUUCGAAGUUUUCUUAUUUAUAGAAUUAGGUUAACUGGUAUAUUGUUUAAUUCUUUAAAAAUCAUAUGCAUAAGUAAUAACAAUAGUCCUUUGCUGUCAAAAAAAAAAUGACUAGAAUAAAAGGAAUGAUUUACAUAUUUUUAAUCAUACUUUUAAUUUUUUUUGAGAAACAUGAAGUUAUUAAGUUUAUUGAUUACUUGGAAUGGAACAAUAAAAGUUCUGAUAUACUGUUGGUAUUUUAUUCAAAUUUUCAAACACAACUUUUAAGGUUUCUUAUCAUCCUGUUCAUGUAAUUGAAUUUUUAUACGACCGCAAAAAAUUUUUGCGGUCGUAUAUUGGUAUGACGUUGGCGUCGUCGUCGUCCGGCGUUGUCAUCCGAAGACACAUUGGUUUUCGCACUCUAACUUUAGUUUAAGUGAAUGGAUCUCUUUGAAAUUUUACCAAAAAGUUCAAUACCACAAAAGGAAGGUGGGGAUUGAAUUUGGGGGUUAUGGUACCAACAGUUAAGGAAUGAGGGGCCAAAAAUAAGCAUUUUCUAGUUUCCAGACAAUAACUGUGGAACGGUGUAUGGAUCUCUCUGAAAUUAUACUACAAGUUUCCAUACCACAAAGGGAUGGUUGGGAUUUGCUUUGGGGGGUUAUGGCUCAAACCGUUUAGGAAUUAGGGGCAAAAAAGGGGGAAAAACAAGGUUGUCCUGGUUAAUGGACAAAUACUUUAGUACAAAACAUAAUUUAAAGCAGCGUAAGGGAGAUAAAUCAAAUACAUCAUUGAAAUUAUCUCCCUUACACUGCUUUUGAAUUAUGUAUAAAGUAAUGGUUAAUGAACAAUUAAGAUAAUUUAAAACAGUGUAAGGGAGGUAAUCCAAAUACAACGUUUUGGUUACUUCCCUUACACUGCUUUUAAAUUAUGUUUAAAGAAAUGCAUAUUUAUAAAGGAAGACCAGUAAAAAUAUCUGCAAAUGUUGCAUCUUUUUUUUU